AAGUUAAGAUAUAUUUUUGUGUAGGCCGCGUGAGUUGUUAGUGCGUAUCGCGAAAGGCUUCUAAGAGGCGAUCGUUCGUCUCGCAAGUCAGCCUCGUGUUACCUUUGUGACAUUGAAACUGGGUUCUUUUUAUAAUUCCUGGCUGGAUCGUGGUGCUGGGUGUCGGGGAAGGAAGUGUACUAACCGUUUGACGCCUGUGCCGUUUAAAUUUUGACUAAAUAGUGGUGAAAAUGACGGGAGGCGCGGACAGGAGCCUCGAGCCAGAGCAGGCCGUGGUAGGGAAGCUAAGCUUGCGAUUCCAGGCCAAUGACAUCGUCAUCGAGGAUUUGACAGAGAAGGAGUCUCCGUCGCGGUCGGGCCCGUACGGCGUGCAGAUCGUGAACACGGGCCCUGACCACACGUUCGUGCUAGACGAGGACGCCCUGGCUGACCUGCUGUUGAGAGAUGAUGUGAAGGACCGCGCCGUGGUGGUGAUCUCCGUGGUGGGCGCGUUUAGGAAGGGGAAGAGUUUUUUGUUGGACUUCUUCUUGCGGUAUAUGCAGCACAAGUAUGGCUCCGGCGGCGGCGGCGACUGGCUGGGCUCAGAGGACGCGCCGCUGCGCGGGUUCAGCUGGCGCGGCGGCUCCGAGAGAGACACCACCGGCAUACUCAUGUGGUCCGAGGUCUUCAAGACUACACUUGAGAAUGGGGAGAAGGUAGCGAUAGUGCUGCUGGACACGCAGGGCGCGUUCGACAGCGAGUCCACGGUGCGCGACAACGCGACGGUGUUCGCGCUGAGCACCAUGCUGUCCUCCACGCAGAUCUACAACCUGUCGCAGAACAUACAGGAGGACGACCUGCAGCAUCUGCAGUUGUUCACAGAGUACGGGCGCCUGGCUCUCGAGGCGAGCGGCACGACCCCCUUCCAGCGGCUGCAGUUCCUGGUGCGGGACUGGAGCUUCCCGUACGAGGCGCCGUACGGGGCCGAGGGGGGGAGGGAGAUACUGCAGAGGAGGCUCAAGACGUCAGACAACAAGCACCCGGAGCUGCAGUCGCUGCGGCAGCACAUCACGUCGUGCUUCUCCGAGAUCGCGUGCUUCCUGAUGCCGCACCCGGGGCUCAGGGUCGCCACCAGCCCGGCCUUUGAUGGACGCCUGCAGGACAUAGAGCCAGAGUUCAAGCGCUCGCUCCAACAGCUGGUCCCCAUGCUACUCUCCCCGCAGGCACUAGUGCCGAAGCUCAUCAACGGACAGAAGGUGACCUGUCGCGACCUGCUGCAGUACUUCAAGUCCUACAUGAAUAUUUACAAGGGCAAUGAGCUGCCGGAGCCCAAGAGUAUGUUGGCGGCGACAGCCGAAGCGAACAACCUGACCGCCGUGGCCGAAGCCAAGGAGGUCUACACGCGUCUCAUGGAGGAGAUCUGCGGGGGCGCCAAGCCGUACCUGCAGUCCGCGAUGCUGGAGGCCGAGCACCAUCGCGUGCGCGACAAGGCGUUACACGCGUUCCAGUCUAAGCGGAAGAUGGGGGGCGAUGUUAUUAGUGAGGGGUACUGUAAGCAGCUUACACAGGACCUAGAAGAGCAAUUCGCCCAGUUCGCAGCGCACAACGAGAGCAAGAACAUCUUCAAGGCGGCGCGAACUCCCUCCGUCUACUUCACUAUAGCCAUGGUGUUCUACGUACUGUCCGGCGCGUGCGCACUGCUGGGGCUGUACGCGCUGGCCAACCUGUGCAACAUGGCCAUGUUCGUGGCGCUGCUCACGCUCGUGCUGUGGGCUUAUAUCAGGUACAGCGGCGAGAUGCGCGAGCUGGGCGUCACCAUCGACGACGCCGCCAACAUGCUGUGGGAUAAUGUAAUGAAGCCAAUGUACCAGGCGUGCCUCGAGAAGUCUCUAGAACACGCGGCGGCGGCGGCGGCGGAGCGCGCGCUCGGCCCCCCCACCGCCAACGGGAAGCACAAGCAGUUGUGAUGCACGACGCACGCACACACGCGCGGGCCAACGUAUGGGCCCAUGCGCGGCGCUAGCGGGUAAGGCGAGGGGUAGUGGGGGGUGUGGAGUGUCUAGAAUACGCGGCUGAUAUGACUACAGUACGCUGAUGGUUUGUAAGUGGCUGAGGUCAUCGGUUUAAGUAACUUGCUGCUGAGUUGGUGUAAGUUAAGCGUUUCCUCCUCCAUUGUAAUCGUGAGCGUAUAGCGUAGCCAUGUUGGAUGGAUGGUUGGUCUGUGGGUGAAUGUUGAAAUGUUUUGAUCGAGGUGUAGAGAAAAGUGGCACGAUUUAAGCCAGCAGUUUUUAAUAGACUGACUCGGUCACAAUGAUUCUAAAUUGUAGAUAGUGCUAUCAUGUUGUUAUAGGUCAAUUCAAAUAUACCUAUAAUACCAUCUAACCGAAUCUUUGCCCUCCCCUACUUUCCUGCUCGUUUCAAGCACCGCUACCAUAAGAUUAAUUAGAAAAGACAUGGGUCCUAACAUACUACCUUGGGGCACCCCCGAGCACUACGCGUGUAAAGCAAUGUCAGGUGUGUCACGCGGUGUAAAUAACAAAACUUUUGAAUGUUAUGUUACUCAAAUUGUAUAGUGAAAUCUGUCCUUCCACCCGAACGAUUAACAUUGAAGGUGAGAAAAUUAGGUUAGAAUACUUGUAUAUUUAUGGUCAAUGGUAGUUUGACAAUAUUUGUAAAAACUUAUGACUCAAGUCGAUAUAAGAUGCCACAGUGCAAUGCUGGGUGAAACUAAAUCUUAGGAAAGUUACAGUAAGGGUUCAAAUCAAAAUUGUCUAGUUGAUAGUACUAAUGAUAUUGUUUUUUUUACUUGCAACCGACAAAAUAUACCUACAAAUCGUAUAUAUGUAUGUAUGUUAUAAAUAUAUUAUUAUCUAAAUGAGUUUAUGGUAGAGUUAACUAGGGUUUUAACUAAAAUCUGUACUAUUAUGUCUAAAAAAUCUGGUAAAUAAAAUAUCUGUGGUUACUCCUGUAGUGAAUGGUCUGUGCAGUUCAUAAUCAUAUACUAAAUUAAUUACUUCACACUAAAAUGACCCAAUACAUGUUACUAAUAACGCAACAGUUUUGUCUCUGGCUUUACAAGUGUUUUCAAAGGUUGUGUGAAAGAGAUAAAACAGUUUUAAUAUCAAUAAAUAAAUGGGGGUUUUCUAAUUAUAAUCGGGGCAGUGUUGUAUCGUUUAUCUAGUGUGUUAUGUGUUUAGUGGUGACUGUAAAACAAUGUAUAUAAUAUGUAUUUAUAAAUAAAGACCUAGUAAAUUAUACUUGUGCUCCCACAUAUAAAACACUUUACUAUAGAUAUUAUAUAAAAAGCAAAUUGUUAUGUAGCACUGAAAAAUGUUUAAAUUGUGUACUAUAUUUUUCCUACACCGCGUAAAGUAAAGUAAAUCAAAAGUAAACUUCAAUCAGAAUCAUAAAUUAUUUUGUGUGUGUGUGUGUGUAAAAUAUGUCUAAAUUAACCCCAUAUCAGGUGAAUAGAUCCCGUAGAUAAAUUGUAUAUACUGUAUUUAAAUUUGUUACAUAUCUUGUUUGAUAUAAUACAUAAUAAUUAUAUAAUGUUGGAUUGUCCUAAAUCGUGCCAAGUGUUCAUCUACCUGUGUUAUGAAAUUUGUCUCUUGUGAUCAUGAUUACUGUAAUAUACACCGGUUAGUUUUUACCAGUUUCAAAUACACAUUUAAUACUAUUUAUAACGUUCACCGUACCCACUACCUACGAUCAUAGUAUCUGUCCCAGUUUUAGAAAUCAUUAGGUAAUCAGGGAUCAAAUAUGUUAUUGAUUGAAGAGUUUAUUUUGUUAAAUUUGAUUUCAAAUUCUGGUGUUUGUUUUUGUUAUACAUCUCACAAAGCCCGGUCUAUCUAGUGCCUACUGAUGCAUGUGCAAUGUCUUGCCACACUAAUUCAAAACCGUACACCUUAUUCAUAAAAUAAUCCUCCAAAAGGCCUUCUCAAGUAUAGUAUAUCAUCACUCCCUCAAAAUUCCUCCAAUGGUUUUUUUAUGAAUGAGAGGAUAUUAUUGUUGUUGAGUCUAUUUUACUCUUCUAUUGUAUUUUUAUAUUCGGGCAUUACUAAGUGGUUGUGAGAAAAUCGGUUUGUUUUAAAGCGUUUUUUUAAAUAGAAUCUUCAAAUAUCGAUGUUUUACUAUUAUAAUUGUAACAAUGUGUAAAUAAAAGCCACAAGUGCCUAAAGUAUCUUCAUUUUAAAUUAAUUUCGUUGUGUGUAAAAACUGCAUGUUUCUCUGUGUGCCAAAUCUUUGUACCAAGAUUUUUCCUAAAAUGUAAUACUUGUUAAAAACAUCUGGCAUUUUAUUUCUAAAACUCGAGCGUUAAUGCUUCUCUCAUUGAUGUGUCUAUAAAUAUUUAAACAGACGAAUUUAAACUUUUAAAUUGUCCAUAUAAGUGAGCUCGACAACUUACUUCGCAAUAAGAGUAAUUUUAAGCUAGUCAUUGACUGCUACCUGACAAUAUUCUGUACCUUUUGGCUUUAUCUUACUUUUAUUUCACUGUAUUAUUCUAUUUCAUGGCAAUUUCAUAAUUGACUAAACACAUGGGAUAUCCGUGUAAAAAUAAAAUAUUUAAGUAGUUUAAUUUUAUUAAAACAUAUUAUUUUAUCACUCUUACUUGAUAGUUUUAGUUAUUUAGUCUAUUAGAAAACCUUAGAACAUUUAUUUUCCUGAUGAAAUCAUGGUCUUGUGUAUUUUUGGAUGUUUUCUAAUAUUGUUUUAAGUGUAUUCAUAGAUCUUCUUAAUGUUUUCUAACUUUGCCGCCAUGUGCGACUCACGCCGCUUAUUGGUUAAAAGCUUGGCCGGUUCGACCAAUAGCAGCCCAGCAUUCAAGCCCGUUUCUUAGCUAAUUUCACGCCAUAUGCUCAAUUUUCAAUGUAGGAUAUUGUAUUUUUUGUUGAAUUUAUAUAAAUAGUUAUUUAUUGUUGUUUUGUAUUAAUAUAGAUAUGUGUGUUGUCGCCUGCGUGGCUGGUUGAGGCGUCGCCAGAGUGCUCGUGUGUUUGUUCAAGAUCGGGCUACAUUUAUGCCAAGUUUCCCCUAUAUUGGUAAAGUGUGGCCCUUAUUUUGAAAUGAUUUAAAAAAGGUAUUUUGUUGUCUAUGGUCUAUGGUACGCUCACUCUGACGACGGCGGUGGGGACGUAUAGUUGUCUCGCUCGCACGCAUAGGCCACUCCUUUCCCUUCUGCUCAUAUUAUUAUUAUCAAUGUUUAUAAAGAGGAUUGUUUUAACUUGCGUUAUCAGUUUAGUGCCAUAAGUCUGCUAUUUUCGAACUCCCAGGUCGGACUAAUGUUUGGGGAAGGUUUAAAAUGUAACGAGUUGGUCCUUUAAAUUACGUCCUAAGGUCUUGGGUUAUAAACUAAACCAUUUUUUUAUUAAGAAGAUAUGGAUGGCCUGAGACCUACAUAUUUUUGUUACGAGCAGCCGCAUAGCAUUAUUUUAUUAUAUCUUACUGUGUCGUUUUGUACAUUGGUUUUGGUUUUAGGAUAUAAUUGAUAAUUGUAAUACGAUGUAAUAAUAAAGGUCUUAUUUUUAUA